AUGGACGCUAUCAAGAACAUGGUCGGCGGCGGCGAGAAGAAGCCCGCAACCCAGCAACAAACCACUGACUCCUCCAGCGGCGGUGGAUGGACCGACAAGCUCAACUCCAUGGCCGGCGGCGGAAAGGCGUCGGAGAAGAACGAAGAUGCGCUUGACAAGGGUGUCGAUUUAGUCCAGGAGCACGUCUUUGGACAGGGACCGCAGGAUAAUGAGAGUGCGCUGGAGCAGGCGAAGGAUGAGCAGAUUAGCGAUUUUCUUCGCGGACAGUACAAGAGCAGGACCGGAAAGGACGUCCCGAUCCAGGACAAAUAA